AUGCCACGGCUCUUGCUUUCUUUGCUUUUCUGUUUUACCAUUUCGGUAUCUUUUUUAAGUUGUUUUACAGUUGGAGAAGUGAUAACCUGCUCGGGAAUAGUGCCAAUGAGGUCCAGGAAUGACAAGAUAUCCAUAACGGAUUUUGGCGGUGUCGGUGACGGGAAGACACUGAAUACAAAGGCAUUUAGAGAGGCAAUAUACAGGAUCCAGCAUUUGAGAAGAACAGGUGGCACCUUGCUUUAUAUACCUCCUGGUGUGUAUUUAACAGAGAGCUUUAAUCUUACUAGCCACAUGACUCUCUAUUUGGCUAGAGGUGCUGUUAUUAAAGCAACCCAGGACACUUUUAACUGGCCUUUAAUUGCUCCUCUGCCAUCUUAUGGAAGAGGGAGGGAACGCCCUGGAGGAAGAUAUAUGAGCUUUAUUCAUGGAGAUGGACUUCAAGAUGUCAUCAUCACAGGUCUUUUAGUGUUGUUCAGAUUCAUUGAUAGACUAAUCUUGUUCAAGUUUGAAGUUGAAAUGCUUAAGGUGAAGAUGAAUUACAGUUCGAAGGAUUUGGUUGGUCUCCGGGUCUCAAAUGUUGAGGAAGCUGACUAUGCUGGUAAUGCCCUCUUGGUAGAUUGGCAUCAGCUUAGACUCUUUACUCUGUUUAAUGUUGUUAUUCGAUUUGUUACCAUCUUGGCUCCACCUGACUCCCCCAAUACUGAUGGAAUUGAUCCAGAUUCAAGCUCUAAUGUCUGCAUAGAAGAUUCAUUCAUUUCCACCGGAGAUGAUCUUAUAGCUGUAAAAAGUGGAUGGGACAAAUAUGGAAUUGCUUAUGAUCGUCCAAGCUCUGGCAUCACUAUCCGGAGGAUAACAGGAUCAUCGCCGUUUGCUGGAAUAGCAGUAGGAAGUGAAACCUCUGGUGGAGUGAAGAAUGUCCACGCUGAAAACAUAAACCUCUACAAUAUGGGAGUUGGCAUACAUAUCAAAACAAAUAUUGGAAGGGGAGGAUUCAUCAAGAACAUCACAGUUACUGAUGUGUACAUGGAAAAUGCUCGCAAGGGUAUAAAGAUUGCUGGUGAUGUUGGUGACCACCCAGAUGAAAGUUUCGACCCAAAUGCUCUACCAACUGUUCAUGGCAUCACCCUUAGAAGCAUAUGGGGUGAGAAGGUUCAGCAGCCGGGUUCAAUACAAGGCUUGAAGAACUCCCCUUUCACCGGGAUUUGUCUCUCUAACAUCAACCUUCAUGGUGUACCAGGACCCCGAUCCUCUCCAUGGACAUGUUCAGAUGUAAGCGGAGCUGCCGUCCAGGUAAGCCCAUGGCCAUGCUCGGAACUGACCAGCACUCAUCAAACUGGUGCCUGUUCUGAUCACUUUUGA